AUGGUAUGUUAAUAUGAUUUUCUAAUUUUUGUGAUUUACGGCCAGAUAUCAAUAUUUUUUAUCCAUUUGUAGGAUAUGUUCAACUACAUUAAAGUUUCAGUCCAACGAAGACAAAACGCAGUCGCAAUCGGUGCGCAAAGUCAAAGACAAUGACAGCAGUUCAAGUCGAAACAAUGAUCAAGAAGGCGAAACCACCGUUCUGAAGGCCAAAGCUGAGGCUGAGUUGAAGAAGGAAAUGAGUGAAGUCCCCGAAUCAAAGCCAGCACCUGCCAAAAGCCCUAAUGAUACAGAUAUUGAACAAGCUGUCAAAGAUGAAUCUCCGGUUUCUGAUCUAAAGAAUAUGGAGUUACAGAAGAAACGGAAACGACGGAAGACUUCAGAGGACAAGGCUGAUACUGACGAAAAGGCUGAGAUCACCAAGAGUAAGAUGGCUGCACCUGUAGAGGAAAGGAAGAGCAAAAAGGGCAGCAAGGGUAAGAAGCUGUUAGAGAACAAUAAUAACAUUGAGAAGUGCUUAAAGCUGCGGCAUCUGUAAUACAAUACGGUCUUUUAGUAAAUUUGAAUUUACCGGCAUUUUAUGCCUAAGCCAAAUUUAAAUACUUUUAGAAAAAGUAUCAAAAAUGGCAUCAGUAGAGGAAAAAGUUCAAGAGAAGCCAGCCAAAAAGCCUAUCAGGACUUCGAAGAGACCAGCGACUCGUAGAAAGGAAACUUCCUCCCCAGAAGAACGAAAGGAUACUGGCAAGAGGUCUUCUCAGAAUUCGAAAGAUAAAGCGACAAGUACAGAAGACAAAGAUGAAGAAGAUCGCAAGAGAAAGUCAAAGGAGAAUAGCAAAGAAGAACCACCUAAAAGAACCAGACCUAAGACGCGGAGAAAGACUAAUGAUAAGGUAGGGUUUUUGAGGAUAUGACAUAUGAGGUGGCAUUGUACCUUCAACUUUGAUUUUUUUAAAUUUAUUUUUAAAAUUUUAAGAAUAAGAAGUUCAAACAAUUUUUUUAGAGUCAAUAUGGUACACCUACUAAGACUUCGGUCCCAGGACAACAACAAUCAACUGUCCUUGGUCAAAGAUCGACCGCAUUGGUCCAGCAAUCGACCACAUUAGGCCAGAAAUCAACUGUUCUCGGACAGUCGACAACUUUAGGUCAAUCCACCACUCUAGGACAAUCCACGACACUAGGACAAUCCACAACUCUAGGACAAUCGGUUUUAAGCCCAUCAGCUACAACAACAACGGGAACAACCACAACAUCGCUAGCGACAACCCAAACCCAGAGAUCAGGGGAAGAAGUGAUUGUUUCAGGAGGAGCGACAAAGCAAACUCCAUCUAGAGCCAGAAGAAGGGUGGAAGAAGAGAAGCAGGAGAAACAGGUCAAGUUCGAAGUGAAACCACUAUUGCCUCCGGAUCCCAAAGCUCUGGAAUUAAGUUCGAAGGUCAGAAGGAGUAAUGUGUUGGAGAAUAUCACCAGACGGUUCGAUUUUACUGUCAAAUUUCCGCCUGGAUCACCGGUAAAUAUUUUUUUUGAAAAAUAAAAAAUAAUUAAAAAUUUUUAAAAAAUCGAUUUUUGUGAUAUAAACGAUUUUUAUAGAAUAAUAUAUGACUAGUUUAGAAAGAUGUUGUGGUAUACAAGAGCAUGCAAAUCGUUGGACUGCCUCCAGAAUUUGAAGGAGAUUGUGAGCUGGAAGAGAACGACGUGAAACACCUGGAUCUAGGAGAUUGGGUCUACUGUGUUAACGACGUUAUUGUCAAAGAUAAGAAAGAGUACCUCAAAGAGGUCAGCCGGUUGGAAAGUCAGUUUCGGAAUCAAAAAACAGUAAGUUUAAAUUGUUAUUCUAAUAUUGCACUUGGUUUAUGAUGUGAUUGGAGCUUUAUUUUGCUUAAAAGUGGUUGUAAAUGUCAUGGGUUAGGUUAUGUAAUGAUGAGCUAAUGUAAAAAUAGCGAAGAUAAGAAUAACAUGCAUAUUUCUAGCUGGAAGUAAAGUACACUGUGUUAAGAACGUUGAGAAAAGUCAGGGUGACAAGGGAUCAGUUGAUUUUCUACAAAUUGGCUCCACCAGCCUAUGAAUUUGGUCAAGGAUAUGUAUAUCUGGUUGGAUAUCUUACCUUAUACCCUACUAGUUCACUUGGUAUAAACAUCAAGGCAUACGAAGGAAGAGUGUUGAUAUCUAGUACUGAUAACGGCUUCAAAUCAUUGGGAAAAAGAAGUUUUACCAUUGGAGAUACCAUCAUGAGUGUGAAUGGAGAAUAUGUGUCUACUGUAAAGGAAGCCAAGGAUCUGAUUGCCAAGUGCUUGAGGGAGGAUGUUUACAGAGUUGUAAGGAUUUAAGUUGUAAAAUACGGUCGCUUUUUGAGACAAUUUAUAAUAGAAUAAAAUUUGUGAUGUGUAUUAACACCUAAAGCUUUAAAAUUUCAGUGCAUGAUAGCCAUUGAACGUCCGGACCAGGCCAACGCUCUACAGCGAGUUAAAAUUGGUUUGGCAGCUGAUAAAACAGUCCAAGAGAACCCACGAAUGCCCGAUGAUGUUGUAGCGAUUUGUGAAGCCGAAAAGGAGCGAAUAACCAAAGGCUAUGCAGCAGUGACAUCGGUGUACAGACCUACCAGGGAAGCGAACAAAGAAGCGACCAAGAUCACGAUUAGCGAGAUGUCAGUGGAAACCCCAAUCCAAUGUGAUCCAGUCAACAUUCGUCUACUAUGCCCAGCUCCACCUCGACCAGCCGGUCCUCUGGACAAAAGACGCUCCAGACGGCCAAUGGCACAAGCACAACAUCGACCACCGUUCUGA